GAGGGGGAGGAUGAAGCACUACGUCCGUGUUUAACUAGAUCUGGGCGGCCAGUCCGUGUACUGUCACGUUAUGUAUAGUAUAUAAUUCACCUUUUUUCUAAUCUAUUAUUAUGAAGUCUAUUUGUUUUUGGUUCUGUCUUUAGCCGCCAUGUAAGAAUUUAAAAUAUAUUUUUUCAAGCUUGUGUGAAGAUUUCAGUUUAGUUAUUUUAAUUGUAUUUCAGUUUUAUUAAACAAUUUAUUAUUUAUAAUAGCGUGUUUUCUGUGCCAAGGGCCAUUAAUAAAUAAAAGGGGAAAACAAAAAUGUAUACUUAUAAAAUAUCGAUUUUAAUACGUAUCGAUACUUCAUGCCCAUCCCUACAGCUGAUUGACGUCACGUCAUCGCCAGUGCGUUCCCAUUAUUUUUAUUUAUUUCGCAAUUUCCAGAGUUUACCUUCCAUGAAUAUUUCGCAAAAAAACAAUACAAAACAGUGAUCAUACAUCUUAGAAAUGGAGAAUCAGUAUUAUUAUAAAUUAAUGGCAAGUUAUCUUUCAAAACGGAAUUGUGACGAGUCUUUUAUGAGAUAUUUUUUUGGCAAGAACUCGUUGAAAAAGACACCGGAAGAACUAGAAAGAGCAGAUGAAAGAAAGCGCCGCUUACAACGAGAGCGAUCUCGUCGUUACCGAGCGUUGAAGAAUGCAAGACGCCAGCAUGAGGGAGGUAGCAUUAGUGCCCGUGACACCAGUGACGGAGACAGUACCGCUAGCAGAGGUAAAUCGCGGGCGAUGUUACUCGAAGAAGAGUUGAGCGAUGGCGAUGAGCCGCCUACGUUGUGUGACCUCAACUACGAAGACAAAUGGCGGGCCGGCUCCUCCGAUUGUCCCUCCGACGACAACUCUGCCCACUCGGCUCCCGAUCCUAAGGAACCGCCGCUCACCGGCGAAGAUACACUCAGCCUCAAGGAGUUUCUUAGCUCACCAAAUACAGAACUCGAUUAUCCCACAGUGCACAGCCUGAUGUUCCAUUGGCUGCAGACGUAACAUUGCGAUUAUCACCGACAACAUUUUGGGGCCUUUGCUGUUACAAGCCCUUGUCAUAUCAUUGUGAAUUCAAAAUUCCAACUCAUGGUAAAUAUUGUGGUAAUAUAAGUUGGACUUCUAAUACACAAAUGGAAAGUAGGUAUGUGAUAGUUUUACACAUAUCACAUAAAACUUAGGAUUCCGCUUCUUUAGUGUAAUUUUAUAAAACAGCAAAUGAAAUCGACAAAACCGUCCUAUUAUAAUUUAAAUCUGAAUAAUAAUUAGUAAGUAAUGUGUCUAGAACUGUAAAAGUACCUAUAGCUUAUAUUUACCUGAGAGUGAACCUAAAGAAGUGGAUUUUCAUAUAACAAAGAGCAGAGACUCUUAUCACUUCUCAAUAAUUUCUAUUUAUGCUCUUAUAUUCAUGAGCAUUAAGUGGUGGAGAGUAUCUUGUGUAACUCACCUCUUGUAAAAUAUUGUUUUGUAAGAUGAGCCCUAACGAUCAGUUGUUGUCAAAAUAUGAACAAGAGAUUACAAGUGAACACUUCUUCAGCAAUUAGAAUAUUCCACUAGACAAUAAGUUGUUGUUAAGUUGCCAUAUCCUAAUAUUUAGAUACUCAACUAUUAUACAACAUUAUAUACAUAUAUAUAUAUAUGCAUAUACAGAAGUAUAUAGAGAAUAUAAACUUAUAGUUUGUGAUAUGGAUGAAUUUUACACUUUGUGUGGAUCUACAAUAUUUGUUGUAAUAUGUAUCUAGGUUAAGUGUGGGUAGGUGCUCCUUUUUGGCCAUACUGAGUGCAUAUCACCUUGUGGCUUUUUUGAAAGUGCAAUACAAAAAUCUUCUAUAGUAGCAAUAUGCUGUUGCUACAUUCCUUACAACACUUGGCCAUAACUGUUCAAUUUUAAGUACAUAUGCAUUUAUUGUCAAAUACUCAUCUUUUGGUUACUGAAGCUCUCUCUAAAAGAAUGAUUGAUGACUUAUAAUAUUUUCAGGCACAGCUAUGACUUUGAGAUGUUAGUAUUUCGUAAAUUAGAUAUUUAAGUUUAGCAUUGUGAUUAGAUGACAAGUUGUUAAUGCUAUUAUUAUGUACCCAUUUUCUACCAUCAUUCACUGUUGACUGAUAAAAUGAAGGCUUUUUAUUAUGAUAUUGUAAUUAAGUGAUAUGUGACUCCUUGGUUCAGGGUUAUUCCUAUCUGUCUACACAUAAGGACAAAUGGGAAUAUGAUUCCCAACUUGCCCUUGAUUUAUGUCUCAAAGAUAAACAGGAACCACUUCAAUUUUUAUGUCUGUCCUUUAAUCUGUCCCCACAAACAGUUUCUGCCUGUUGGAACAAUGUCCAGUCCACUUACAUUUAA